AUGACCAAGUCGUACAGUGAGAGCGGGCCGGCGGGCGAGCCGCAGGCGCAGGCCCCCCCCGGCUGGGCGGCAGGCUGCCUGAGCCCGCCCGCCGACGGGCCCGAGGCCGACAAGAAGGAGGAGGACCUGGAGGCUCUGCACGGCGAGGCCGAAGAGGACGCGCUGCGGAACGGUGAGGAGGAAGACGAGGAGGACGAGCUGGACGAGGAGGAGGAGGAAGAAGAGGAGGAGGAGGACGACGAGCAGAAGCCCAAGCGGCGCGGCCCCAAGAAGAAGAAGAUGACCAAGGCACGCCUGGAGCGCUUCAAGCUGCGCCGCAUGAAGGCCAAUGCGCGGGAGCGCAACCGCAUGCACGGCCUGAAUGCGGCCCUGGACAACCUGCGCAAGGUCGUGCCCUGCUACUCCAAGACGCAGAAACUCUCCAAGAUCGAGACGCUGCGCCUGGCCAAGAACUACAUCUGGGCGCUGUCUGAGAUCCUGCGCUCCGGCAAGAGCCCCGACCUGGUCUCCUUCGUGCAGACACUGUGCAAGGGCCUCUCGCAGCCCACCACCAACCUGGUGGCCGGCUGCCUGCAGCUCAACCCGCGGACGUUCCUGCCCGAGCAGAGCGCGGACGCCCCUCCGCACCUUCCGCCCGCGGGAGCGCCCUUCGCUCCGCCGCCCUUCCCCUACGCGUCGCCGGGGCUGCCCAGCCCGCCCUACGGCACCAUGGACAGCUCCCACCUCUUCCACCUCAAGCCGCCGCACGCCUACGGCGCCGCGCUCGAGCCCUUCUUCGAGGGCGGCCUGCCCGAGGGCGCCGGCCCCGCCUUCGACGGCCCGCUCAGCCCGCCCCUCAGCAUCAACGGCAACUUCUCUUUCAAGCACGAGCCCGCCGCCGACUUCGACAAGAGCUACGCCUUCACCAUGCACUACCCCUCCGGGCCGCUGCCCGCCGCGCCCGCCCACGCCGCCGUCUUCUCGGGCGCCGCCGCCCGCUGCGAGCUGCCGGCCGACGGCAUGGCGCCCUACGAGGGGCACCCGCACCAUGAGCGCGUCCUGAGCGCGCAGCUCAGCGCCAUCUUCCACGAGUGA